CGUCCUCCUAUUUUUUCUCUUCUUUCCUCAUCAUUCUUCUUUUCUUCUUCUCAUCUUGCAUUCAUCUUUUAUCUCUCAUCAACCUCUGUCUAUAUUUAUACUCCAUCUUAUACAUAAUACAUCAUGAAGGCCCUUAUUCUCGUCGGUGGUUUCGGUACCCGUCUUCGCCCUUUGACUCUGACCAUGCCCAAGCCUUUGGUAGAGUUUGCUAACAAGCCCAUGAUUCUUCAUCAAAUCGAGGCUCUGGCUGAGGCUGGUGUUACUGAUAUUGUCUUGGCUGUCAAUUACAGACCUGAGGUCAUGGUCUCAAUUCUUCAAAAGUAUGAGGAUCAGUACAAUGUCAAGAUCACCUUCUCUGUCGAAACUGAACCCCUUGGCACAGCUGGACCUCUGGCUCUUGCUCGUGAUAUUCUUGGAAAGGAUGACUCCCCGUUCUUUGUCCUCAACAGUGAUGUUAUCUGUGACUUCCCCUUCCAGAAGCUCAAGGCUUUCCACCAGGCUCACGGAAAUGAGGGAACUAUUGUUGUCACCAAGGUUGAAGAGCCCUCCAAAUAUGGUGUUAUUGUGAACAAGCCUGAGAGCUCUAUGAUUGAUCGCUUCGUUGAGAAGCCUGUCGAGUUUGUUGGCAACAAGAUCAACGCCGGUAUUUACAUCUUCAACCCCGCCAUUUUGGACCGCAUUGAGCUCAAGCCCACCUCUAUCGAACAGGAGACCUUCCCUUUGAUGGCCGCCGACAACCAACUUCACUCCUUCACUCUUGAAGGUUUCUGGAUGGAUGUUGGUCAACCCAAGGAUUUCUUGACCGGAACGUGUUUGUAUCUCUCUAAUGUCAAUAAGGUUAACCCAGGAGCUUUGGCCAACCCCAACUCCGGCUACGUUCAUGGUGGCAAUGUCCUUGUUGACCCUACUGCCAAGAUCGGAAAGGACUGUCGCAUUGGACCUAACGUCGUCAUUGGACCUGGCGUCGUCAUUGGUGAUGGUGUCCGUCUCCAACGCUGUGUCCUUCUCGAGGGUUCAUCUGUUAAGGACUUUGCAUGGAUCAAAAACUCCAUCGUUGGUUGGCAUUCGACCAUUGGUCGCUGGGCUCGUUUGGAGGGUACUUCAGUAUUGGGUGACUAUGUCACCGUAAAAGAUGAGGUCUAUAUCAAUGGUGGAUCCAUCUUGCCACACAAGUCAAUCUCGAGCAACAUUACCGAGCCUCAGAUUAUUAUGUAAAAAAGAAAAACAACAUCCAAAACGCCACUUUCAAAAGAAUGAAAAGAUGAACUGUGGAGAAGAACGAAUCAAGCCAGGACACAGAACAGUCAAGACAUACAAGCUCUUUUUUUUUU